AUGGUCACCUUAGAGUGCGCUAGACUGGAGGAGGGCGUCUUGCCGACCACCCUCGACAAGCUCACCAUUCGAAAAGAAGAUGACGGCAACUUCACAUUAACUGCAUUACCUGAGACCAGCUCCGUCAACGCAAUCGUUGAAUCCGUCCUCGGUCACUCCGUCGAGCUCCACUGUCUUCAGGCAUCCGGAGCAGAAGGCCAAUCCGGCUGCUCCAUCUACUUUGUUCGGAACAGUAGCCACCCAGAACAUACUGUGGCCGUCACAAAGGUAUAUCCACCAGCAUGUCAUAAAGACUUUUUCGAAGAACUCGUUGCAUACCGGAAGCUGCUAUCUCUGUCCGAUCCACCUUCUGCUGCUCGGCCCCUUGGUGUGGGAAGGACGCGCGAUGAGAACACUGCGGAGCCUAUGGGUGUGAUUGUCUACCAGCUCGCAGCAGGUAAAGCAAUCAACACAAUCAUCCGUGACAUUGGUCGGGUCUCCACUCUCCGACUUAUUGCAAAGCAACCCUGUCCCGACGAAACAAGAGAAAUAAUGAAUGAUAUUAUUCGCGCCGCGCUUCAUGGGAUCCCAAUCAAUCAUAAAUCAAACCAAGCCCCAUCACAAAAUAUCCCCACCGCUGAGCUUUUGGACUGUCAAUUCAAUGGAUUGAUGACCGACUUAGUUUCUGCAGUCCAAGGAGUGGCAUUGACACUGGCCAAGCUGCAUCGGGAAAAGGGCGAAUGGAGCAGCGCCAGCGAGUCUGUCGUCGACAGGCUACGCAAGAAGUUGCAAGGUUGGGUCGAAGAGAUCGAGGGCCCAUCGCGAGGGCAGUAUGAACGGGCUAUCGGAUCCGAUAAAAUACAUCGACUGGCAUCAUUAGUCGACCGGGCGAUUGAUUACUCGCGGGAAGAAGGUGUAGCGUCACUACUGCAUGGUGAUGCCUCGCCAGGAAAUUUCUUCUGGGACCCCAUCCAAGGAAUCACUAUGAUCGACUACGGAGGACUGGCUCGCUCUAUGGAUGGAAGCGGCCGGCCUAUUGGACCGGCAGAAAUGGAUGCGGCUGGGUUUCACGAGCGCCUGCGGAAGUAUGCCGGGGAUUUUGGAAUGAGUGAAGCUGAUAUUGGCCGAGUCCAGGCGGAGUUCUGGAAAGCAUACCAGGCGAAUGGUAUACCUAUCAAUGAAGGGCUUGUCCGGUUGUUCAAAACACGCACGCAACUAUCUCGAUUAUGGUCUGCUGUGGACAAGAAAGGUACAUUGCGCGAUGAACAGAAGGCUGUGCAACUCAGCGAAAAGGUCAAAUUUGAAUGGGAACGUCUUGUCAGUAUCUCGCCGGAAAGGAUCCAACCAUGGAGAGUGCUCGUCGUUGCCAAUGCCAGCGGGCCAGGUAAAGGAGGUCUGCCUCUGUUAAACCAAGAGCUAGUGAAAGCCAUGUCGGAAAUUCCCAACUCAUCGGUCACUUUGUUCAUGGUGCAGCCCGAGAAUGAAGUCAAAAACGCAUUGGCGUCGUCGGGACAUGGUCGGGCUAAAGUCGUCUGCAUUCCCUCUAAAGGAGAUGAUCCCAGUGCAUUGCUAUACCAUGUGGCGAAGGUACACCAGCCAGGAGAUUUUGGUUUGCCAAUACCAGACGACCAACAUACGUCCCCAUUCAAUCUUAUCAUUGGCCACUCGCGAUACUCUAGCACCGCAGCUUCCUUAAUCCGCGAGAGAUGGUACCCCACGGCCAAGCUCGCGCUCAUUACACACACCAGUGCGCUGCGCAAGUCCGACGUCGCGUGGAAGUGGUACGGACAAACACGCGAGCUAGGUUAUUUUGAAGCUGCUCGGCUUGCAAUGCUUGACGAAAGGAUUCUCCCUAAAGCGGAUUUAGCUGUUGGAGUCGGGCCUGUACUCACAACCGAAGCGCGCGAACGCGAGUGGAUGGGGCAAUGUAAUCGGCCACGAUCCAACACGACGGGACCUCGCUUCCAUGAACUUGUUCCAGGCGUGCGCACGGGUGACGCUUGCACGCAACAGCGGCAACCGAACGACUUAUUUCGGGUCCUCCUCGCUGGUCGAGCAGACGAUCCCGCCAAAGGAUUAGACGACGCUGUGUAUGCGGUGCGCAAGAUCGCACUCUCAGGCAACGAUAUCUCCUUGGAUGUACUAGGACUCCCAGCAGAAGAGGUAGAGCGCUGGCAGCAGGUUGUUGAUGAGAUGACAGGCAUGCCAGACCUUGUCAGGUUGCACCCUUUCUCCGAUGACCCUAGCGUGGUCUCGCAGUUUUACUGCGAUGCGGACCUGGUGAUCAUGCCAUCAAUGCAUGAGGGAUUCGGGAUGAUCUUCACCGAAGUUGCAGGGCUGGGCAUUCCCAUUCUGGUGACGCAGGAAAGUGGUGCGGGCCAGCUUGCGCUGGAUCGCAGUCGUAUUCCGCCAGAACUUGGUCAGGCCUGUGUGGUGAUGGAUGAGAGCACCUAUGGAAUUGCGCCCUCGCCGACAAGCCAGCGCGUAGCCGUUUGGGCUCAUCGGAUCGACCAGGUGAGAUGUUACCCGGAGCAAACGAGACGGCAGGCUCGCUCUCUACAACGGAUCAUGCGAGGUUAUUCGUGGAAACACGCGGCUAAAGCUCUGCUUCGCUCCGCGAUGGAGGGUGAGGGAGAUACAGUGCAGAUGGCUCAUGGCAGUGUUGCACCUGCAUAUUCAUCAUGGCCUCGUCCAUCACUUGGGAUGAGCGUGGUAUCGUCAAUGCGUCGAGCCGCACGGACACGAAAUCGCAGUGGAAAGCCGAACUUGAAACAGGCCGACGAUCUCAUGCAAAAUCUUCCAGAAAUAGCCCCGACUAUGUUGGCGCUAGAAGAGCAUGUCUCUUCUGCCGUGGGAUCUCCUGUCAACUUGCAGGAUCUGGAUCCCACUCACCCGGGUGGCUUUUCUGGCGCUAUAAUUUUUCUUGCUCAUGCCAACGAUGAACUUGCCAACGAAGAGACACCGUUGGCAUCCAAUGACUCAUCCAAAGGUCGUGUGGUUGCUGUAGUUAAACUGUUCGUCCACGGCUUGGACAACGGAAUCACAGAGGAGUUGUCGAGCCUUGAAUGGCUUCUCCUGCACACCAAGGGUGACAUCAGGACUGCUGCCCCGUUGGCCGUUGGGCGAAUGACAUGGGAUACCAAGCCAGCUGGUGUGGUCACGUAUCAAGUUGCCCCCGGGGUCUCCCUUUACCAGCUCAUCAUGCAGAUGGGCCGCCUACCGCCGGGACCUGCAAGAAGAGAGAUGCUAUCCGUCUUCACUGCUGGCGUACAGGCAGUCGCGCGUACCUUAGCCAAGUUACACACUCAUGGCGUCGAAGGGCGACCAGGCACAGAAUAUCUCGAGUGGUAUUUUACCGCGGCAACGAACCGAGUGCAGCAGGCAUUGGUAUACAAAGACAUUAUUCGUUGCGCGGGACUCGAAGUGGAUCAGCUCCCCGCGAAAAUAAAUCACCUUAUUGCCGACUGCAAGCGUGAUAUUGGUAAUCGUCCGCGCACCGCUGCUGUGCACGGGGAUGCCCAUCCUGGAAAUUUCUUUUAUGAUCGGGGGACGGGACAUGUCACUAUGAUCGAUACAACAACACUACACUGUUCUUUGGACGAGAAUGGCGAGCCGAUUGGCGUACCGGAACGAGACCUGGGCCAUUUCGUGCAUAUGUUGCGACGAACGGGCGAACAGUAUGGCCUCACGCGACAAGAGAUGCAAGAAAGCACAACCGAUUUUGUGGAGGCGUAUCUUGGAAAUGCAGCGGCACCAGCAAAUAUUCAAACCAUUCGGUUCUUGAUGUUAUGUUCGGCCCUGUCAUUCUUGAAUUAUGCGGCGCAGUCAGACCAGACAAAAGUAGAACUGCAAGUUGAGAUUUUGCAGGACUUACUUCGCCUUGGAGAGGGUUGGACACAAUUGGAUGGAAUGUGA